AUAAAUGGGUUUACCCAAAAUUAAGAUAUAAAAGCUAAAUUUUUAUUCAAAACCAAAUUAGUAAUUAUUAUUUUCUUGUGUGGAUGAUUUAACUUAAUAAAAAUGUACCAGUUCAAUUUUUUCGUGUUUACGAUUAUCUUGGCUGUAAUUUCGUUCACAACAGCCGUCAGCCAACCAUUUUGGAAUAACAACGGAGGUAGUUCUUUCGACGGUGCUAUACAAAGAGGAGGCCCUUUCGGUGGCGUUUUACCCAACAAUCAAAGAAGUGAUUAUAACGAUUUUGGAGGCAUACAAAAUGGAGGCAUUCAAAAUAGCAUUCCAGAUGUUAAUGGUUUAAGUGGUGACCGUUUCAGUGAAGUAAGCACUGAUCAAUUAAAUGGCGCUGCAAACGGUAACCUUUUUGGUGGAUUUAAAAGUGGUGACAUUUUUAAUAGUGCUCCAAGUGGUGAUUUUUCGUCUGGAAUUUCAAAUGGAGCUGAUUUCGUAAGCAGUGGCCUUUCACCCAAUGACUAUUUUGGUGGUAUUCCAAACGGUAACACAUUAAGUGGCCCUCUAGAUGUUGAAACUCCAGCUAGUAACUUUUUAGCUGAAAUUCCAAACGGGAUUCCAAGAAAUGACGCUAUACUAGGCGGCAAUCCAUUGAGUGGCACUCCAAGCGGAGGCAUUCCAAACGGUAAUCAUGCAGUUGGUAUUCCAAACACUAACUUUUUGCGUCCAAGAAUUGGCAUUCCAGUUGGUCCUCUUCCAAACAGAAACCCAUUAAGUAGCAUUCUAGCCAAUAACUAUUUAGAUGAUAUUCCAACCGGUAUUCCAGAAGGUGGCAACCAAUUUGGUGGCCCCCAGAAUGGUGGUUUUCCAGGCGGUGAUCAAUUAGCUCGUAUCCCAGCCACAGACUUUUUGCGCGGAGAUCCAAGAGUAGGCAUUCCAGCUGCUCAAUAUUUAGAUGAUAUUCCAACCGGAGCUAAUCCAAGUCGUAACCCAUUCGGAGGCCCUCAAAACGGUGGCUUUCCAGGCGGUGAUCAAUUAGCCCGUAUUCCACCCACAGACUUUUUGCGUGGAAUCCCAAGUCGUGGCAUUCCAAGCCGUGGAAUUCCAAGCCGCGGUAUUCAAGACCGUGGAAUUCCAGGUAUUUACUAUUUGGAUGACAUUCCAAGCAGAGAUUUUUCGGAGCCUUUAAGAGAGAUUCCAAGAAGUGACCUACGUGCUGGCCCAAGUGGCAACCCAUUACGUAGCCUUUUAAAUCGUGGCAUUCCAAACCGUGGCAUUCAAAACCGUCGUAUUCCAGGUAUUUACUAUUUAGAUGAUAUUCCUAGCAGAGAUUUUUCGGCUGUCGUUGAUCCUUUAAGAGGAAUUCCAAGAAGUAGUCUUUUACGUGCUAGUCCAAGUGGCAACCCAUUUGGUGGUGCUCCAAGCGGUAGCAUUCCAAGUCGUGGCAUUCCAGAUGGUAACCCAUUAAGAGAUGGUAACAUCGGUGGAGACCGUUUUGGAGGAGGUGGAAUUCCAGCCCGUGACGACCUUUUGGAUAAUAUUUCAAGAGAUGAACUUUUGGCUAGCAUUUUUGCAGAUGAUAUUUUGGAAAACAUUCUAGACUCGGACAUUAUGAGUGGCAUCGAAAAUUCUAACCAAUUUAGCGGCGGCAUUAGAAACAAUAACCUUGGUAGAAUUGCACCAAGUGGUUUCUUUGGUGGCGCAAGGAGGCGUUAAAGUUUUAUGCUUGUUUAUUUUUGUUUUUUUUUUAUUGAUUUAGUGUGAUACUAAGAAUCUCAUUUUUUGUAUUAAAAAUUAAAGUCUUGAAAAUUAAAAUUACGUAUUAUAAAUCAAAGAACUUCGGCUAACUUACUUGAAAGGUUAUAUCUUGGAAGUGAACAUAAAGAAAGGUUUUUCUAAACAUUCUUUUUUUCCAAUAGGGUGAAAAGGGGUAAAGUAACAUGAUAAAAAAUAAAUAUUUUCUAAA